AUGGAGAGGGGCCUCGCCUCGCCUCGCUGCUCCGCCAGUCUCCGCCAGACUCCGCUGGGAAUCAGCACAGACCUCAAACUGCUGGAGGCCCAGGCCAUGCAGCUUGCUGGGUUCAAGGUUGUGAGCGAGCUGGAGCCCAUCUCAGCAUGCGACGGGCAGCCUGGUGGGCAGGUGUGUCAGGCGCUGUCAGCGUGCAUCCUGGGAAACGGUGCACUCCGCAGGCUGCGCUUUCAUCUGGGGUUGUUAGAGAACUCGAUGCUUAAUGCAGAAGUGAAGGAGGGAGAGAUUCUGCCUCCUACAAUUCAGAGGCUGAUGAAAGGAUACAACAAGUACCUCAGGCCUUUCUUUGACAAUGGUCCUGUAACGGUGGGUAUGAGCCUGGACAUUGCCAGCAUUGAUACCAUCUCAGAGAUCAACAUGGACUACACCGCCACCAUAUUCCUCCGCCAGCGUUGGACGGACGAGCGCCUGGUGUUCGAGGGCAACAAGAGCCUGAGCCUGGACGGGCGGCUUGUGGAGCUGCUCUGGGUCCCUGACACCUUCAUCGUGGACUCCAAGAAGUCCUUCCUCCACGACAUCACCGUGGAGAACAGGCUGAUACGCAUCUUCCCCAACGGGACCGUCCUGUACGCGCUAAGGAUCACCACCACUGUGGCCUGCAACAUGGAUCUGACCAAGUAUCCCAUGGACAAGCAGACCUGCACGCUGCAACUGGAGAGCUGGGGUUACAACAUCAACGAUGUCAUGUUCUACUGGACCAGAGGAAACGAGUCCGUCAGCGGUUUAGACACUCUACAGCUGGCUCAGUACACAGUGGAGGACCACUACACGUCCGUCUCAGAGGCCGUUUAUGAAACCGGCAAUUACCCCAAGCUGGUGUUCCACUUUGAGCUGAGGAGGAGCAUUCUGUACUUCAUCCUAGAGACCUACGUCCCCUCCAGCCUGCUUGUUGUCCUCUCGUGGGUGUCCUUCUGGAUUUCCCUGUCCUCUGUUCCAGCACGAAUAUGUAUAGGAGUGACCACAGUACUGACCAUGACCACUCUGAUGAUGGGGGCCAGAACGUCACUGCCCAACGCCAAUUGCUUCAUUAAGGCCAUUGACGUUUACCUGGGCAUCUGCUUCAGCUUCAUAUUCGGGGCGCUCAUUGAGUACGCCGUGGCCCACUUCUGCACCCUCACUCACGUCGAUGCGCACAUACUCAUGUAUGGCCACCACUUGCACGACCUAGACGACGAGAUGAACGGCAUCCUCACCACCAUCUCCAAUCACAACAGGGCCAAGAGACGCAAGGAGGCCGCCGAAACCCAGACCCCGGCGCCCGCCUCCCUAGAACUCAACGUCAGCCCGUCCAGCCCCUCGGGCAGCGAGCCCAAGCCCGAGGCGGCCCCGAAGCGCACCCACUGGUGCCUCACCACUCUGGCCACCGUCCGCAAAGUGAUCCGCUCCAUAAAUUGCUGUCACAUAAAGAACCCCCACCACAUAGACAACUACUCCAGAGUCACCUUCCCCCUCUCGUUCGUCAUGGUCAACCUGCUCUACUGGACGUAUUAUCUGUACUUCUAG